CCAUGGUUGGUCCUUGAUUGAACCCUCGUUGACCCACUCCCGACAGGAUACUUCCUGACGCUGACCCGACAGGCCCAGGUGAACCCGGGCGAGAGGUCCUGGAUCACCUUGAGGCCGGACCGGAACCGGAUCUCCCAGGGCCGGACAUGCCUCACCUUCUGGUAUUUCAUGAUGGAGCCGUUCAUCGAUGCCAAUGGGCCCAAUCUGGGGUCUCUCAAGGUGAUGAUGAAGACGAUGAGCAACGUGAACGGGCAAGAAGACGUCGUCGAUACGAUUUGGCGGCUGAAUAACCACCAAGGCCAGAAUUGGCUCUACGCCCAAGUGCCGAUCGUCGUCCCGAAUCUCCUGGACGAGAUCCAAAGGGCCGAUGCGAUCCAUGCUGCUGCUGGAAGUCAUUUCCGGGCAAUGCUCCUCUUGGUUUAUCGUGUUGGGAAGGGUGGAAGGGGGACGCUUGGUUUCAUCUUUGAGAAGUGGCUCCUCGAGGAGGAGAUGGCUCCUCGAGGAGGAGAUGGCUCCUCGAGGAGGAGAUGGCUCCUCCUCCCACGUUUCUCUCCCUUUUCCUCUUGUCGAUGCGUGGUCUUCGAAGGGAUGUGGGGAUCGAGUCGAGCUGGAGCCGGGUACAUCGCCAUCGAUGACAUUGCCUUCUAUGAUGCUACGUGCAACAGUUCGUUCCUGCUUCGUUUUCGCUCCGGCAAUAUUGCCAUGCUGAUUGCAUGCUUCACGGAUACGUUCUGCCUCGUCGUUCCAGCGCUGCCGGAGCAGGCCAAGAUGAUGAAGGGGAAUUGCUAUUUCGAUCGAAAUCUCUGCGGUUACAGGACGACGAGCGACAGCAACAUCCCGAGCGACAAUUGGCAAUUGGCUCUGGGGACGCGGAAACCUCCUCGAGCGCCGAACGACCACACCUUCGACAGCCCUGACGGCGGCUACGCCUACUUCGACAUCUACGUGAGCAACCAACGCCGCACCAGCCUCAUCAGCCCCGUGAUGGAGCGCGUGGAGAACGCCGGCUCCGACGGCUGCCUCUCCUUCUGGUUCAAACCCCUCGGCACCGGCGACUCCACGACCCUCCGGGUGAAGCAGCUCCUCGGCAACGCCCUCGAGGACACGACCAACAACAUCAACGGCAACAACAGGCCCAAUCCGGCCAACACUACUCAGCCUCUGUGGGAGAUCCAGACCUUCCAGCUGGACAACCAGGACUGGCAGUACGGCCAGGUCCCGAUCAAGAUCGACCAGCGCUUCCGCAUCCUGUUCGAGGGCCUGGCCACCAAGGGCGGCUUCGCCCUCGACGACAUCACCAUCUACACGACGGGGUAUUGCUUGAAUCGGCCCAGCAUUUCGCAGCCAGGGACCGUGAGGACCAAUCAAGGAUGAGAAGCCGGCGCACCUCCGUCACACCGUCACCGUCCGUCACACGCUCAAAAGGUGUCCUUAAGCGUCCCGCGUCGAGUCUCGUUAAGCUCAACCGCCCUCGGCGACGUCACAAAACUCACAGCAUAAUAUUUUAAAAAUUUGUUUUCUCUGCUCAAGAUAUCCCGGGAAAUCCUCUGCGCGUAUUUGUUGUCACGCCUGAAAAAUUUUCGUUUUUUUUUGUUUUUCCUAUUGACCCCCACCGAACGCUUUCAAGCCCCGGGG